AUGCCGGUACCGAGGACGGGGGAUGCCGGUACCGAGGAUGGGGGAUGCCGGUACCGGCGAGGGAAACGCAGCCCUACCGGCUCCCCCCUCCCCGUGCGCACCCCUCCCCGGCUCCCCCCGCCCCGCCCCGCUCCCCCCGCGCCGUUCCCGGUUCCCGGGGGGCUCUCGGGGGCACGGCGCGUUCUUCCCCCGCCGCGGCCGGGGCGGGGCCGGGAUCCGGACGGGGGGGAUGGCGGCGGGAAGGGCUCCGGGAGGGGCCCCGGGGCCGCUGCCCCCCCCCGUGGGGCUGUCCCCGCCGGUAACGUGUCCCCCCCGCGACAGCGAGCGGAGCAGAGCGGCCCCGGCCCCCGCGGAAAAGCCCUGAGGGAGGCGGGAGCCGGCGGCGAGGAGGAGGAGGAGGAGGAGGAGGGGGAGGAAGCGAGGGAAGGAGCCAGGGGAAAACAGGAGCGGGAAGAGCUCGGAGCGGAGCCCGGGAGCGGCCGGAGCGCGCCGGUGAGAGGACAGCCGGACACCCCCGCAGCCAACACCGGACCCGCCACCCCUCCUCGGCGACACUGCGCCUCCCUUUCCCGCUGGAAUUCCGCUUCCCGGCAAACCCCAUCCUCUCCUCCUCCUCCUCCUCCUGCUCCGGCUGCCAGCGGCGGUGUCACCGCAGGGCCACCAGCGGAGUGUCCCCGCAUGGUGCAGCCGUGA